UUUUUUUUUCCUUCUUUUUUUUCAUUGGAAAAAAAAAGCCGCUUGAAAUUUUUCGAUAUAUAAAGGCGAGAUCCCCGCUACGGCCUGACAAUACUUUUGUUUUCGCCCUUUUUUCCCUUCCUAUAUUCCCAUCAAUAUGUCUGACUUCUCUGUUCCCGUCAACCUCCACGCCAACGGCGCUGCCAACGGUGAAACCACCCAGUCUACUUUCAGCAUCAAGGCUGGUUUGGCCCAAAUGUUGAAGGGUGGUGUUAUCAUGGAUGUCAUCAACGCUGAACAAGCCAGAAUCGCCGAAGAAGCUGGUGCGUGUGCCGUCAUGGCUUUGGAACGUGUUCCUGCUGAUAUCCGCAAGGAUGGUGGCGUUGCCCGUAUGUCUGAUCCCAAGAUGAUCAAGGAAAUCAUUGAGGCUGUGACUAUUCCUGUGAUGGCCAAGGUCCGUAUUGGUCACUUUGUGGAAGCUCAGAUCAUCGAGUCGAUCGGUGUUGAUUACAUUGACGAGUCCGAAGUCUUGACCCCUGCUGAUGAGGCCAACCACAUCCACAAGCACAACUACAAGGUUCCUUUCGUGUGCGGUGCCAAGAACCUCGGUGAGGCUCUCCGCCGUAUCAGCGAAGGUGCUGCCAUGAUCCGUACCAAGGGUGAAGCCGGUACCGGUAACGUUGUUGAAGCCGUCCGUCACAUGCGCACUGUCACUGCCGAAAUCCGUCGUGCCGCUUCCAUGUCCGAUGAGGAACUCUAUGCUUAUGCCAAGGAUAUCCAAGCUCCUUAUCAUUUGCUCAAGGAAUGCGCCAAGCUCGGUCGCUUGCCCGUUGUCAACUUCGCCGCUGGUGGUGUUGCCACCCCUGCCGAUGCUGCUCUCAUGAUGCAAUUGGGUUGCGAUGGUGUCUUUGUUGGUUCUGGUAUCUUCAAGUCCGGUGACCCAGCCAAGCGCGCAAAGGCUAUUGUCCAAGCCGUCACUCACUUCAAGGAUCCCAAGGUUUUGGCCGAGGUUUCCGAGGAUCUUGGUGAAGCUAUGGUUGGUAUCAACUUGGAUGAAUUGUCCGAAGACCAACGUUUGGCCAAGCGCGGUUGGUAAACAGAGAAAAAAAAAAGAUGCUGUGAAAUCCCUUUUUUUUCUACUUCUACCUGUUUCCCCAAUCCAUACAACAUACACAUCUCUUUUAGAAAGCAACACGCAUUGAAUAUUGUCUAGCAUAGAAAAUCCCGCAUUUUUUUCUCAAACAGAAAAAAUUCGUGGAAAAUGCCGUUCAUAUCAAACUUUUUUUUUCGUUAACAUAAUUUUAUCACCACUUGUAAAAAUCAUCUCUGAUCUU